UGCUGUUAGGCUGUUCGACAACUUGACUGUGAGAGCUUGGUGGAAAUAAGGACGAUAUUCUUGGUGGAAAAUGUUUGAAAUGUUUUAAUAUGACAUCUUUUGAAUUUUAAAUACUAUCAAGGAAGGGCGAAUCAAUGUGAAGAGGAUUGAGAGUCACACACCUGAACUCUGUGUAAAGAUCUGAGAAGGAGAUGAUACCAGAGCCCACAGCUUCAGCUGCAACCAGGGCCUCAAAGCAGAGGAAGAACUCUCAUGAUGAGGCGAACUCCUCCGCAGCUGUCAAUCAAUCAGAGGAUGAGUCGGGGAAUGAGAACAGACAAAAGAGUGCGAGACGGAGAAAAAGAGCACACACAGGCUCAGAGAAUGUCAAGCGCAAACGUGCUAAAGCCAGUGGCAGCAGCAGAACAGGAGGCAGCGAACACGUGGAGGCCGUCACCCUGUUCCAGGUGCUCACCAUGGGCCGGAGCGCCAUGCAGACGGUGAUUGAUGAUUGGAUCGAGGCUUACCAGAAGGACAGAGACACUUCCCUCCUCGAUCUCAUCAGCUUCUUCAUCCAAUGCUCGGGAUGCAAAGGCAAGCAGACACACACACACACACUAGGGAUGUGCAUCUCCAUCACUGAGGCCGAUGCGAUGCGCAUCUCGAUACUCUGCCUGUAUGUGCGGCGUGCGCUUCAGGUUUCUGGUCUGCAGUACAAGAAGUUUCUGGCCUUCCCGUGGAUCCUCACAGUCACAUGGCCCCUGGACGCAGAUAAUGUGGAGUAUCCUCUGAUACAGUUUGGACCGGAGGGCCGCUGGUUCUCCUCUGAGUUCUGCGACUUUUUGUCGGUGCUGGUUUCUCAGUGUCAGCACAGCGUCAUUUUUGACAGCUACCUGAUGAACACCCUCAUCUCACUGCUCACAGAGCUGUCAGACUCUUUAGUACGGGCUUUCAAACACACCUGCACACUAGCAGCCGUGAAGCUGCUGAGCUCUCUGGUUGCCGUGGCUAUGAGCCUGAGCGUCUGCAUUGAAAACAGUCAGAAACUGUACGAGGUGCAGGAGAGGAAGACAAGGCAGAGAAGCAACGUGCAACAGGAGAGAAUAGAGAAGAAAGUCACAGAGCUGCAGGGGAAGAGGGCGGAGAUAGAGAGCAUGAUGGACAUCCUCUUUAAAGGAGUUUUUUUGAAAAGAUAUCGCGACGUGCUUCCAGAAAUCCGCUCUAUCUGUAUGGCGGAGUUGGGUUUGUGGAUGCAGCUCUACAGUUCUGCUUUUCUCAACGAUAGCUACCUCAAAUACAUGGGCUUGAUGAUGCACGACAAGAUUCCAGAUGUGCGUCUCAAGUGUGUUUUAGGUCUGCAGGGUUUAUAUGUAGAUCCUCAGCUCCUCCCUAAACUGGACCUGUUCACCAGCCGCUUCAAGGACCGGUUGAUCUCCAUGACUCUGGAUAAAGACAACGAGGUGGCAGUGCAGACCAUGAAGCUGCUGCUCCUCAUCUCCAGAACAUCAGAUGAUGCUCUCAGUCCAGAGGACUACCAGCAGCUGCUGGGGUGGCCUCCAGCGCCACAGCCCGGGACGCCAGAGACUCUGUGGUGCAGAGGUGACAGUUUCUCCGCUGGAGAGAAAACUGGAGACAUUUUAGCCACACUGAAGAAACUCAGAGCUUUCCACAACUGUCACAACCUCCUCAGGUGGAACCUGUUUGAGCUGUUUAGCUCUCCUCUCCUGUCAGUAGAGAGCAGUGAGGGAGGAGCACCGCCUGAGGUGCUGCUAGAGGUACUGCAGUGUCUCUCUUCCUGCAUGAUCUGGUCCCUCAGCACCAGUACCGACACAUUAACAUCUGCUGAGAAGGCCGUGGCCCAGAGGCUCCAGCUGCGUCUCUUCUGUGAGCGAGGUCACCACUGUCUCUCCCACUCUGACCCCAGGGUGCAGCAGCAGGCCUUCCUGGGAGUCUGUGACGUUCUGACGGCUCACUCCUUCCAGCUGCAGGUGUGGGACCCCAGCUGCUUCGGGCCUCUGCUCUACACCCCCAGUCCCAAACUGCAGAGGGCGCUCUCCACCUUCGUGUGUAUGCACGUCUUCACUGGACCAGAUUGUGAGAGCCAGAGCGGGGUCAGUGGGAACUCUGAGGAGAGGCUGGAGGAGCUACACAAACGUAGAAAUAUGCUGGCAGCCUUCUGCAAACUCAUAGUGCAUAGAGUUCUGGAGAUGAGCAUGGCAGCUGAGGUCUUCAUUUACUACAUGAAGUACUUCAACGAGUUUGGAGACAUCAUCAAGGAGACGAUGUGCCGGACCAGACAGAUGGAUAAGAUAGAGAGCGCUCGCACUCUGGUGCUCUGCUUGCAGCAUGUAGAGUUCUCCUACCUGCAGAAGCACACAGCAGAGAAGUAUGUCAAGCCAAACACUUCAGAGACAUGUUUGUAUAUAUCUGAGACCUAUAAUAUAUUGAUGAGAAACAGUAUACUAGGGGACCUUUUAAUGCAGCCAGCUACAUCAUGUUUUUUUCUUAUUCCUCAAGGAUGCAAGUCCCCCUGCCCGUUGAGCCCGUCUGACUCCAAAGUAGCUAAAGUUAGAAAGUCCCGCUUCAGUCCAAGCCAUCAGGAAAAGACAGCAGACACGGAUCCCUUUUCCAUCCCAGUGGAGCCUCCUGCAAAGAGAUCCAACUUCCAGGGAACUGUCCUCAGCAUCCUCAACGAGGCGGACGACGACACUGUGGAAGUUGAACUGUAACAGUUAGUUUGUUGGAGGAUGAGACCUGACCUCACACAUUUCAAGGGGGCUUUCCUUUUUUCUGUCUCUGUAAUUAUGUGAGGAAAUACCGGCAACCCAUCCCCCUCUACAGUCCUAUUAAUACAGGUUUGUUUAAACACAGUACAAUAUGUUCAAUAUAAGGACACGUCUGCUACAUCCAGAUUGUUUUUUGUAUCAACAAAUCCCACGAAAACACUUCAGCCAAUAGGAAUGUAUUAAUUGUGCAGAGAGAAGCUGAUAUAUUCUAUUAUUGUGCCAUAAAUCCACAUUUUGCUGGAAACACUGAUUGGAGCAACACAUAUGUAUUUAUCCACAGCAGACAAAUGCACUUUCCCUGCUGAUUUAGUUAUAUUUCGUCCCUACUGACCGCCAGAGGCGGUGCUUUAGCACUGGAUAUGUCCAUCGCGCGCAUGCGCCGCUCGAGUACCAAUAACAACAAAGUCACCUGUGACCCACGUGUCACCGGCUAUAUCAGCCGGUGUCGUCAGAGGAUCUGUUCCUUUCAUCUUCUCGCUGCGCGAGCGUACCUUGGCUACAUUUUUGUAGCCUACAGCGUUCGUUCGGUUGGAACAUUUGUCAAGGAUUCUCUGCAAACAGCUGGCUGCGUGCAGCUUCGCGACUCAUCCAGUCGGGGCCGCGAGCUUACCCGUCCUCCAGGAGCUGUGGCUGGCUGCGCAGAGACUUCGUUCGGACAGGUUGGUGUCGGCUUGGUUGGUGAUGGCAGUGUUUCCGCUCCCUCUCCCAGCCUAGUUGUCCUGAUUACUGUCUGUUUGCUUUUGGGCUUGAACUUUUUUGGUGACGGAGGUGUUUCCGCUCCCUCUCCCAGGAGUUGCCCUUGCUGUGCUGUUGUACUUGUUCUGGCUGCGGCGUUGUGCCAACAUUCAUUAGCAUUGAGCUGUGUUUCUUGUUUGGCUAGUUAGCAGUAGCGGCUGCAGCCACUCGGCUGACGCCGGGUUAAGCACCGGAGUUUCCCGUGCUGUUUUUUCUUUAGAAGCCAGUUUCUGGUCUUAGCUUUGUGUUAAAGCUUCUUGAUUUUACCCAGCUAGGUACCGCUCCCUCUGCCGGUAACGUGGGUGUAGCUACAUCCCUUUUUCUGUUCGGCGAGUAGCAGCACCGCUCUACUCUUUCCGU